UUUAGGAGUCUAUGGACGUCUCUGCCAUUUGCGCCAAAGAAACAUUGUAAACUGAGGGCUGGGAGUCGGUCCUUUUUGCUUUAUGCACCGUCACGUGGCUAUGAAGGAGUGAGAGACGGCUAUAUGUAAUACCGGCGCCCCAGAGGAGCACAAAUGUAGGGCACAGACACCCAAGGAGAGCGUGUGCGCUGAGAAAACGGGAGAUAUAUGAGCGACUCUGGCUGGCGGUGGACCCGAGCCUUUCAGUACACGGGGGGGAGACAAAACUUGAUUAAUGUCAUGCAAUAGUUCACUGUCUAGUCAAAGUGAGACGUUCAGGACUUCGCGAUGACCUCAAUGGAAUACGACGUGGAAGCCAUGAGCGGUCUUAUGCCGCAAAUCUUGGCCCUGACUGCACCUCCUGGAAGCCGGGACCUCAAUAAACAGCAGAGUGGAGGGUCUGGAACAUCUAACAAGGAGGGCCUAGCUGCCCAUCCAUACUUCCGGCGGCCGGGCCGAGGCCACAACCACGACUCCUGUGAUGCCUGUGGGGAAGGUGGCGAUCUAAUCUGCUGCGAUGUGUGUCCUGCCUCCUUCCAUCUCAUGUGCCAUGACCCACCGCUGGAUGAAGAGGAGAUACCCAUCGGGCGCUGGGCAUGUCAUCAGUGCAGAGUGUCAGGGCCUGACGAUGACAGAACCUCCGUGUCCAGUGGCAAGUCCAACAAAAGUGCCAAGGGCAUCAAGAGGAAAGAAAAAGAGGAUGACAAGCCAACACAUUCAUCUCUUACCAAAUCUGAGACCAAUGAAAAAAGAGUUUGCUCAGGUGGGAGGGAAUUUGAGGUGUCUGAUUCGCCUCUGCUCAUGGUCAAGGCUGCUGCAGCCAUCAACCCCACACAGUUUGCUUUGCCACCUGAGAUGCUGCUGCCCUCCAGCUUUCCAGGAGAAGCCAAGUCAGUGUCUAAAGGUAAUGGCAACAGGAAAGGAUCCCAGAAGAAGAAAGCUUAUGAAUUGGACAAUGGAUUAGUGCCAUUGCCUGCCAAACUGUGUUUCCAAUGCAACAAGAGCUGCCGAAUAGGUCCUCUCAUCCCGUGUGAUUACUGCCAGUUGUUCUUCCACCUGGACUGCCUGGACCCGCCCCUCACCACACCCCCCAUGAACAAAUGGAUGUGCCCCAACCAUCCAGAACACUUUGUGGACUCUACUUUGUUAACAUCCCAUAGUCUGACAGAAAGAGUGAAGCUGUGGGAUAAAUUCACUGUUCCUGUUGACCAGGACUCCAUACGCCUCAAGUUCUUCCAGCAGGUGCACAGAAAGAAUCCACCCUUCCGGUACAAAGUGCGGCGUGCCCUCAGAUCCAGGAUACGAGUGCCACAAGCCGUCAAAGACCAAUAUGCAGAUCCCCCUGACUUGCUGCCUCGACAUGGCCCACCACAGUACCUCCUGCCUCCACCUUCCCCUUGCGACUUUGAGGCCUCCACUGCCACCACUGUACCUGCCAUCACCACUGCCAGCAAGGAGAGGCCUGCUACCACUACCACCACUGCCACCACCACUGCGGCUGCCAUCACCAAUGCCUGCAGCCUUCGGUUUAAUCAGAGGUUGGAAGUGAAGGAGGAACCAGGAGCCAUAUCAUUGCCAAUGGAGGAAGGGAAGGAUGGCUCUGAGAUGGAGGUGAAAUCUGAAGACAAGAGAAAUGAUACUGAGAGAAAAAAUGCAACCAAAGAGGAAAUUGAUGAGUGGUUGGCUGGCCUGUUAUGCUUACAAGCAAGCAUAGUGAAGCACAUGGCCCGCAGCACCUCUGGGAGCCUCAGCAAAACUCAAGAUCGCCCUAAAGAGCUCAAUGGACCCACUCCACUGGGAAGUGGCAGUGGUGGCAGCAUGGGGAGUGAUGUUGCCCCAUCCUUAGAGCGGCCAGGCUGUAUGAAUGGUGACCUCACUGCCCAUGAACUGAUUACAGGCAAGCAUAACCGCUUUACCACUGAUCCACGGCGGCAGCAGACCCCUGUCAACAGUGGCUUCCAGGCCCCAGCACCCUACCUGCCUGCCAAGAAAGGCAUUCUCAAAAACCAGAAGGGAAAGGGCAUUGCUACUCCAGGGAUAAAGGCUCCCCGACAAAGAAAACAGACAGCAUCAGAAAUUCUGUCUGAGACGUUAACAUCACUAGCCUCCUCUCUGCAAAACUCUAUCACGGGCAAGCAGGAGGUGUCCCUGGGGCAACUGGAGCGCUCAGUGGUGGAUGUCUUGGCCUGGCAGCGGUUAGAGGAACUGCUGUGCCCCCCUCGCCCCUCGACACCCCCAGUGGUAACUAAACCCUUGCCUGCCCGUGCCCUUGUGUGCCCUCUCAUCCAGGACUCACAUCUGCAGGACUGGGCUGUUAAGACCCCAGCUCCCUCCUACUGCACUGAGCCUGUGCCCAUGACCUACAGGAUAUUGAGAGUUGGGAAAGGAAGUCAUAACCACCUUGACUUGAGUAAAUAUGGUCACUGUAACUACAUAUCUCAAGAGCAUGCGGCAAUAUUCUUUGAUGAGAGCACCGGCCAUUACGAGCUGCUAAACUAUAGCUGCCAUGGCACACGGGUGGACACUGUGCUGUACCAGUAUGACCCAAGUGAACGCACUGUCAGCCAGGCACCCCCACCACCACUGCUGCAGCAAGUCAGGGCUAUAAUUAAUCAGAGGACAGGUCACCGAACAGAGCAAUCACGUCAGGAGGCCAUGACAGACACUCCUGGCCAGUCUCUCACACGGUGUAACUGUAAGCGAGGCAAGGCGAAGGUGGGAGCCGCAUCCCGAGCUGCCCCGUCAGCAGGCACUGGUGGCUGGGAGGGCGGUGCAGUGCUUCACCACGGCUCUCACCUGGGGUUUGGAUGCCUCCAGUUUGUGUUUAGCAUCAUGGAGGAGGCUAGUAAAGCUGACUGGGUGAACACAACCAUCAAGACUUAUGAAAAGUUUUUCAAGCAGGAGGAGGAAGAGGCCCAGCAGGAAGAGGAAACAAAGGUGAAAGAAGAGGUGGAAGAAGAGGAGGAGGAUGAAGAUGAGGAGGAAGAGAAACCUAAAAAGGAUAAAGCUGCAAAGUCAUGAGAUUAAUCUAAAGUUAACUUGACAAUAAUAUUGAAUUUGUAGCAUUUCCAGAUUUUUCUAGAGAUGGUCAUUGAGAAGUGUGGAAGGUCUAUAAUUUAUAUGCAGAAUCUUACAAUAAGGAAAUAAGAAUGGCAUUUGAUAGAUACAAAUCAUAGAUUUUGAAGACCCGAGAAGUGAAUAUCUUCCAAGGAAGUGUAAAUAAGGUACUGAUGAUGUAAAGAACUUUGCCUUGUAAAAGACAAUGCUCAUAUUUUAUUACAGGUGAUGACCAAACAGGACCACAUAAAGUUGGAAGUAAAGGGCAUUCGUUUUUAACAGAAUCUCUAAAACAGAUGUGUUCACGUACAAUGUUACUAACCCAGUGCAAAAGCCAACUCUGAGGGAGGAGUGUGUGGUGCAGCUGAGUGACUCGCAGGCAGCAGUCCCCGGCAAAGUGUUAGGGGUGGUGCCUGGUGAGUACUGUGGGGAAGUGUCUGCACAAAUACAGCAGAGCCACACUGUAAGGACGGAGAAGUCUCCUGGUUGUGGGAGGCAGUGUUGCCGUUUCUUACUGUUGACCUCCAGAUUUUUCUUCUGGUGGCAUCUUUAACAGCAUUUUGUUACAAGUAUCUUUGUAAUUUUAUCCAGUUUCUUGUAUAAGAGAUGAUGUUGGUACAUGGUUGUAGCUUAUAUUUUGUGUACCAAGAAGCUUCUGUGUUAUCUACAGCUCUCAAUAUUGAACAAUCUAUAUGUAUUUUUAGUGCUAAUAUAUUAUGUAGCAAAUAAUGUAAAUAGUGAAUUUUAAUGAAUGUCCUUAUAAACUGAAACAAGUAUUGUACAUAAUGUACAAAUUUAAUGAUGUUAUUUUAUAUAAAGUAAAUUGUACAUGAGGAGUCCUAUCUUCCCUGUGUUGCCUGGCCAGCCAACCCUCACCUCUCCUCCUCUAACAGAGGUCCUCUGUGGCCUGUCGUGUACAUAACCAAGUUAAAGCUCAUACUCAUUAAUGCAAGACCUCUACACUCAUCUUCCAGCCAACAUCUGUUACGUAAUCUAGCAAUCUUGUAAAUGUUCUGAAAAUUUAGUUUUUGUCGAAAUAUUUUAUUAUUUUAGCCAAGAAUGCAUCAUUAUAUAGCCAUUGGUUUAUAUAAUUGUACUUUUUUUUUUUUUGUAGGAAAGAGGAUGUUUUAUUUUCAUAAAGCAAACAUGUUUAGACUGCCAAACUCUGAAUGCCCUAAUUGUGUAAAAAUUUUGGAUAGAUGAAAAUCUGAUAUCUGUUCUUUUGGAACUCAGUAAUUAGCAAAUGCUUUUAUAUUUUUGAGUUGAUCAUUGGAGUUAGGGAAGGUUUUGAAUGUGACUCAGUGUGUUGUUGACAGUUUGGGAACAGAGUAAUGUACCUGAUGCUUUGGUCGUGGUGUGUGUCGCUAAACCACACUUUAUCCUUAUGAAGGAACUCUUUCUGCAAAAUUUGUGUUAUCCUGUGUAUGCCUUUCAGACAUUUGACCUUAGUUUGCACAGAGGCUCAGAAAGGAUCAAAGAUAAUGUUUAGAAUGAAAAGCUUAGGAAAAUUGUGUACAUUUAGGGAUUUGAAGCCCAUCCUGCAUCCCUUACCUCCCUGACCAUCCACAGCCUUCUGAACCACCUCUGCUACUGGUCAUUCAUUGUCACUAUUAAUAAGUGACACUAUUUUCAAUAUAAAGGUAACUGGAGUCCAUUAUACAGUAAAGAAUGGCCUGACAAGAUGAGUCAUGUUGCUCACAUAAGAUGCCACAGUGCAGUUCCUAAAUGUUGAUUAUGUUUAUCACUGCCCUCUGUACAAAAAUAUUCUUUUAUACUGUUAUUUUUUGGCAUUUUAUGCUGUCUGUAGUAAUUUGAUUUUGUGUCAACACUAUCAUUAAAUGUGUACACAUCAAAUUUGCAACAGUAGAUCUUUAUAAGUUUAUCUUCUCCGUGUUUAUUUCUGUGCAAUACUUUUCUUGGUGUAGGCAGUGUUUAGGCUGCGGUUUUGGGAUAAAAGUUGGAUGUGUUACUAGGCAUGAACAAUGCUGCCUUGUGAUCCUCUACUAAAAUGUUUUAUUUAUGACCAAAAAAAAAAAAAAAAGGAAGGACACUUCCUUAAAUAUUCAGAAAUUUUGAAUACAAGGGAAAGAACAGAAAUGAUACAUGUAGUGCACUGACCUGAUUUAUGAAAGGCAACAGUUUUGACCAUCAUGUUACCUUCCAUUGAUAAGAUACAAUUCUAGAUAAGAUACACAAGAAUGAAAAUAGCCUGUCUUAGUAUGGUGGUAAAUAAUUAUGAUGGCAAUAGUUGGUGAGCUGUAUUGCCUUUGUGCUGUCUGGUGAAAUCAGUGGAGAUUUAUUUCUUUAAAAGUUAUGGAUGAUUUUCUAGUAGUUUAUUCCAUCUCCCAAAUCAGUAAAUCCUUGUUUGAUGUAGCUGUGAUCCAAAAUCCAUAACUUUAAGUUAAACGAAGUAGAGGAACCCUUCCUCACUACAGUCUAUUAGAAACACAAUUCUUGUUACUCGAGUAUUACGUGCAUUAAAGGAUAUACAAGAGGAAUACACACAUUUACCACCACAGAUGAUCUUUGAAACCUUUUCAUAGUCCUGUUAUGUAAUAUAAGAUUAAUUUAAGAAUGAAUAGAUUUGCUGUCCUUGUUGACUGAAUUGAUACUGAAUUAAUUUGGUUCACAAAAUUGGUGUAACUCAACACUCCAGCUACCAUCUCAUACCAACUUUUUUUUUUUUUUUUUUUUUUUACCAGAUACAUAAUUUACAUAAGUUUUUGCUUUCCUGAAAACAGAAAAAAAAUCAACAGCACUAAUUACAAAAGUUUUAUCAGCAUGUUAAACAUUUAAAUUUUUCAAGAUGAAAAUAUUAGUGUCAAAUAAACAAUUGCAUGACAGUUGUAGAACCAACACCUCCAAAUGUAAAGCUACCACAGCUAAAGACCAAGGUUUGACAUUGUUACAGAGGAUCAGAGGGUAGCACAGUGACUGAGGCAGGAAUUGCUAUACAUUUAAACUGCAGGACAAUAUCAUUACAUGCUUGUUUUUUUUUUGACAAACGCCCGUUCUUCCUCACUCCACAAAUGUCCCUUUUGAUAUAAUACUCUUCACACUUACCAUUUGUUAGUGUUCUUUCAUUCACUUUCUUGUACUACAUACAAAUGUUGUUACUACAAAUUAAAUUGAAUUUAGAGUUUAUUGGCCAAAGGUGUUAUUCACACACACACACACACACACACACACACACA